AUGGCAAACGCUACAUACGCAGACAACAAGUCUUUCGUCCUCCGGGGCAUCGAAGAUGUCGUUUUCGAGGAACGCCCUGUUCCAGAGAUUGGUCCUCAAGAUGUUCUCGUAGAAGUCAAGAAAACCGGUAUCUGUGGAUCUGAUGUUCACUAUCUCGUCCAUGGACGCAUUGGAGACUUUAUCGUCGAGAAUCCCAUGGUCCUUGGCCACGAGUCGGCUGGUAUUAUUCACUCUGUCGGAUCAAAGGUGAAGCACCUCAAACCCGGCGCGCGAGUAGCCAUCGAACCCGGUGCAACCUGUCGCAUCUGCGGGCCAUGCAAGCACGGAAAAUACAAUCUCUGCGCCGACAUCGAGUUCGCUGCUACUCCUCCGUAUGACGGGACCUUGACCCGCUACUACCGCGUUCCUGCUGAUUUGGCUUAUGAGCUUCCUGAGAAUCUGAGUCUGGAGGAUGGUGCCAUGAUGGAACCGCUCUCAGUCGGCAUCCACUCCGUCUCCACACUCGCUCAGGUCAAGGCCAACCAAAAUGUCGCCGUCUUUGGUGCAGGUCCGGCCCUCGGCGCACGCCGCGUGAUCGCCAUCGACAUUCAACAAUCCCGUCUCGACUUUGCGAAAUCCUACUCUGCCACGGAUAUAUUCAUGCCCGGCAAGAUGCAAGAAGGCGAGACCAAGAUGGCCUACUCGCGACGAACCGCACAGGCCAUGAAGGACCAGCUCAAGCUUGCAGACGCCGGUCCAGAUGGUGUAGAUGUCAUCAUCGAGGCGAGCGGUGCAGAAGUUUGCAUCCAAAUGGGCUAUUGGCUCGCAAAAGCCGGUGGAACGUUUGUCCAGGUCGGAAUGGGUACACCAGAUGUCCAGAUUCCAAUCACGAUGAUCCUCGUCAAGGAACUUACUCUCAAGGGCUCGUUUAGGUAUGGACCUGGCGACUAUGCUCUCGCGAUUGCGUUGGUCGCGCAGAACAAGAUUGACCUCAAGCCCCUUGUCACUCACCGCUUCAAGUUCGAAGAUGCGAAGCAAGCAUUCGAGACGACGCGCAAGGGCAAGAGUGAAGAUGGCGUUGGUGUCAUCAAGGCGAUCAUUUCCGGCCCAGAAUAG